GUAGAAGCAUCUACUUCCGGUAGCUAGCAGGCUAGCAGCAAGCUAACAACCGUUAGCCUUCGCGAGCUGGACGCUACAGCAUUUAUCGGCUAAUCAACAAACCGUCUCCUUUCUCAGAGUCCUGAUCUGUGACUGAUACGCCCGGUGGUUGAGUUAAGUGUAUCGUCAUUUCGUGGCUGUGAGUGAUUUUGACACACCGGUUCUCGACAUGUCGGCGGUCCAACGGAUGAAAGUGGCUAACGAGAAACAUAGCAAGACCAUAACGCAGCGAGGACACGUCCAGAAGACCACGCGGGUGGUGAAUGAGGAGAAGUCUCCUGUAGGUCCCUGGCUCCUGGCUCUCUUUGUCUUUGUGGUGUGUGGAUCAGCUAUCUUCCAGAUCAUCCAGAGUAUCAGGCAGGGGUUGUGAUGGCCGACACCCAGAUCAGAGCCUCCUCCUCUGGGGAAAACACCAACAGCCUCACCCCAUCCCUGCUCGAGCCACAAACACACAAACACCCGGCCCAGUGUUUUCCCUUCACCCCCCUCCUCUCUGUGUCUAGUUAAACGUCAGCUGAUUCUACAUACUGUGAAUUAGAUCGCUCCAUCUCUCUGUCUCUGUCUCUCUCUCCAGGACUUUCUUUUUUAACAUUGAUUGGUCUGUAUUGGUAAUGUUGAAACAUGAAAUGUAUUUUAUGUAGUUCUUGAAAGAACCGUUUGUUUUAUGGAACGUUCUUGUCUUAAUGCUUGUUCUCCUGUCUCAUCUGAUCUGUACUCUGUGAGGAACACUGAUCUCAGGUCAGUUUGGUAUUGGUCCCACUGAUGGUUAAUGUUGGGAUAUGGGGAGAGGAGACUGAUCCUAGAGCAGUGGUUAUCCUGUUAGUCCAGUACAGACUGACUAGAGGGUGCUGUGACAUGAUGAUGAUGAUCUGUCCUUGUUUUGAUAUCUCCCUUGGAUGAACACAUCCCUCUUCCUCUCUCUCUCAUCUCUCCCCUCUCUCUUCCUCUCUCUCUUCCUCUCUCCCCUCUCUCUCAUCUCAU